AUGCAAAAGCAGUCUUCUAAUCAUCCUAGCGAGUAUGUAAAAAAUAUGGAAAAACUAUCAAAGUUGGCAGGAUUCAUUCAUCAAAAUUCUAUAGUAUUCAGCACACUUAUUGGAGAAAUCAAAGCAUUAGAGAAAAAAUUAAGUGACUAUCAUUUUCAACUCAAAAAGUUUAAAAGAUCUGUUAACUGUAUAGAAGAAAGAACUGGUCACAGUAAAGAACUAACUGAUUUCUUUGAGUCUAGUUCAUCUGAGUCUGAAGUGGAGAAGAUAGUUGCAUCUAAGUGCAAUUCAAAAAAAGAAGCUAGACUUUCUCAAUAA